CUGUUUCAGUAAUCGCUUGGACCAGGAAUUCAAUCAAUGGCCACAACUCAAAGUUCCACAUAGCAGCACAAUGUAUGCGUAGUGGACUCCAGCCUGUAACUGGGAAGCACAGCGCUCCCUCUGUCGACUCCCUCUCGCCGCUCCUGGCCCCGGCCCAACACCCUUCAACGUAGAAGGCGAAAACAUUUUCGGGAAGAAUAAAGUUUUGCCACAAACCUGAAUUCCGAUCACCGCAAACACCGGGCCUACUUCAACGGAACGGCUUUACUAUGUGGAGCAAGAAAACGCAGUUGAGGGAAACCUUGGCUUGUCUCGUCUUUCUCGCUGUGCUCUGCGAUGCCCAUCGAUUUCUGACUCAGAGCAGGGCCUCCCAGUUUCUGACCCGCCACCGACGAGCCAACUCCCUCUUUGAGGAGAGCAAGAAGGGCAACCUGGAGAGGGAGUGCAUCGAGGAGCUGUGUAACAAAGAGGAGGCUCGGGAAAUCUUUGAAAACUACCCAGAGACGGACUAUUUCUAUCCCAAAUAUGUUGUGUGCCUGGGUUCACACCGGGUGGGGAUCAACAACAACCAGAACUCUGACAGUGUUCCCUCAGAUCUGCGUACCUGUGUGAAAGAGAUCAGUGACCAGUGUUUGCCGUUGCCGUGCUACAAGGAGGGCUCAGAGCGCUGCAUCGACGGCCAGGCCUCGUUCACCUGUGUGUGUAAGCCUGGCUGGAAGGGCCUGCGCUGUCAGGAAGAUAUCGACGAAUGCUCGGAUCCUGAUUUCCCGGCAGGGUGUAACCAGAAGUGUUACAACUUCCCUGGCAGUUUCCGCUGCAUGUGUGAGGAUGGCUACUUCACCCAAGACAAGAUCCACUGCAAUGACAUCAACGAGUGUCUGUUGUACCCCAGUAUCUGUGAGGAGCCUGCUACGUGUGAGAACGUCCCGGGCAUGUACGAGUGCCGCUGUCCUGCAGGCUUCAAAUACAACUUCACCUCCAAGACUUGUAAUGAUGUGGACGAGUGUGAAAUGAAUAUGUGCGAGGGCACGUGUGUGAACACGGUGGGCAGCUACUCGUGCCACUGCGCCGGGCGCCAGGGCCUGCGCCUGGGCAGCGACGGGCGCCACUGCGAGCAGAUCCCCGUGUGUGUUCAGCUCCACGACGACAAGCACCCAGAGAUGCUGUACCUGGGAGAGCAGUUCGUAGGCCUGCCCGUCAUCUACCUCCGCUUCCGUCUGCCCGAGAAGACCAAGUUUGCGGCGGAGUUCGACUUCCGUACGUUCGAUCCAGAGGGGGUGGUCCUGUACGCCGAGUCAUCCCCAGACUCGUGGUUCAUGCUGGGGCUGCGUGGCGGGCACAUUGAGGUCCAGUUCAAGAACCAGCACUCUGUCAAGGUGACCAGCGGAGGCAAGGCCAUCAACGACGGCCAGUGGCACGUGAUCUCCGUGGACGAGCUGGAGAGCAGCAUCAGUGUGAAGGUCAGCAAGGAGGCCGUGAUGAGCAUCAACAGCCCCGACAGCCUGUUCACCUCCGUCAACGGGAAGCUGGAGACCAAAGUCUACAUCGCGGGGCUGCCCAACCGCACGGACAGCGUCAUCAAACCGAUCAACCCUCGUCUGGACGGCUGUAUCCGUGGCUGGAACCUGAUGAACCAGGGGGCGUCCGGGGUCAAAGAGGUCAUCCAGGAGAAGGAGAGUAAACACUGCUUUGUGUUUGUGGAGAGAGGUUCCUACUUCCCUGGAGCUGGACUGGCCCACUUCAACACAGACUAUAGUGACACAGGCAGUUGGAAGGUGGAUGUGAAGAUGAGCAUCCGCCCGUCCAGCAGCACUGGUGUCAUAUUCGCCCUGGUCGCUGACCGCAAAGUCCCCUUGUCUGUCUCCGUGGUAACCCAAGGCCCCGAUGAUGCUGACCUGCAGGUGUUCCUGGACGGUGUUGUCGUGGCAACGCUCCAGUCCCUGAUGCUGUGUUACCCUGACCGCCUGACCGUGGAGCUGACCGUCACACCCACUGACCUGGUCAUCUCUGCCAAACCCUCCACCCUGUCCUACUCCUCCGCCGACAUCCUUAGGGGGGCGCUGAUGCAACUCAACGUCACCAUGCAGGAGCCUGUCAGCACCUACAUAGGCGGGUUGCCAGAUCACAUUGAGUUGUCCGCCACACCAGUGACAGCCUUUUACCAUGGCUGUCUGGACAUCAGCAUUAACGGACAGCAGCUGGACUUCGACGAGGCGGUCAGCAAACACAACAGCAUUAAAUCCCACUCCUGCCCCCCCGUCUCAGCCCCCGAAAACCCCCACCCACACAGGAAGUGACCUCACAGCUAGGUUGUUUUGUCUGCCUUCUACCCGAGCCGGAAGCUUCUCCUCCUAUUCCCUUGGCUCCGGUCAGUGUGAGAUGGAAAACGAGGGAAAAGGAGAAAGCCUGGGUUGAGAUAAGAGGAGAGAGGGAUGGAUUGGAGUGGACUUGAAUGUGGUUAUUUUUGGUCACUUUGUUUCUCACUCUGAGUUUGACUGUUUUCAUCUAUGACACUUCCCUUCCCCCAUUUCUUUAUAGUGUUUUCUAUUCCUGUAACGAGCACCACAACUUCUAUGUUGUUGUAGGAGAGCAGGCCUAUGAAAGCCUGUUUUCUAGAGGUUCCGAACCAUGUUGUUCUAGUUGUUUUUGUUACCAGCAAUGCCAUCUCUCAGACACAGAGCUGAGCUCUGAAAGACACGGACAUAGAGUAGGGCCGUGAGAAGGUCCUGUCUACAAUAGGUAGUUGACUGGUUUGUUCUAGCAGGGAGAGAGCCUGUGUGUGUGUGAUGUACCACCUACUGGUUUUCAUGUUGGCUGGAUUGUGAUCCCAUCCUGCUUGCACUCUCCCUCCCUCACACACGCACUCACUCUCUCCCUAAAGUCGUUUUUCUGUGGCUCUGCUUCUCUUCUAUCUUUAUUGUAAAGGCAGUUUGCAGGGUGUGUGUAUAUAUAUAUAUAUAUAUAUAUAUAUAUAUCUCAAACAAGCUCACUUUAAUAAGUUAAAUGUAGCUACGUUUUUAUUGAAUUGAGUGUUUGUUUUAAUAAAAUGUUAUGAACACAG